CCUUGCUGCAGAAGUCCCUCCCAUCCUGCCCCGUCCACUUCGGCCGUCCCCACACUUCACCUGCUGCCUCUCAGCUACUGUUAGAGAGCACAGAGACACAAGAGAUUUUCCCAAAUGUGAGAUCAAAAGGAUGUGCUGCCUGUGAGACCAACAGUGAGAGUGACAGCCAGAGUUCAAGCCAAGGAUGUGAAGGCACUUUUGCCCUGGAUGAUCCUGAUGGUGAUUGUUUUCUUGAUGCUUCUGUUCUGGGAAAACGAGCUGAGUGAGCACGAGCCAUUGCUAACCUUGGAGCACUUGCAUGUAGACUACCCCCCGGACGGCACUGCGGUAAGGUACUGCAACCACCUGAUCCAGCAGAGACUCAUCAGGGAGCGAGACCACACCUGCAAGAGGGAGCAUGUGUUCAUCCAUGAGAGGCCUCAGAAGAUCAACAGUGUCUGUCUGUCCACCAAGAAGGUGGCUUGCCUGAACCAGUCCAGCCUCAUCUGCUCCCAGAGCGAGACCAAGUUCAGACUAACCGUCUGUGAGCUCACUGCAGGCACCAGAUACCCUGCGUGCAGUUACCAGAGCUCAGCCACCCAGGGAUUUAUCCUUGUUGUCUGCGAUGAUUUGGGACCAUUGGCUUUUGAGGGAUAUGUCGAGUAACAGCUACUGUCCUCUCUGCUUGCUCAGUGGCUACUGGGUUGGCUGGCUGGCUGUGAGGUGAACUUGAGUUCUAGAC